GACAUGCUUGCUCAAUAGGUUUCUAGAGAUACUAGACCUAGAAAGAUCUCUCUGGAGCCUUUAGCCCUACUCACGCUAUAAAGAAUUUCUUACAGGAAUCCUGCUUACCUAGAUCAACGUGCUAUAGACAAAGUCAUAUUCUGAACAGCCACAUCAUGGAACAUUUGGAAGGUGUUAUUGAGAAACCGGAAUCUGAGAUGUCUCCGCAAGAGCUGCAGCUUCAUUACUUCAAAAUGCAUGAUUAUGACGGCAAUAAUUUGCUAGAUGGGUUAGAGCUUGCUACUGCUAUAUCACAUGUCCACAAAGAGGAAGGUGGUGAGCAUACCCAGGCAAUGAAAGAAGAAGAACUGAUUAGUCUAAUAGAUGAUGUCUUAAGAGAUGACGAUAAGAACAACGACGGAUACAUUGACUAUGCAGAAUUUGCAAAAUCACUGGAAUAAGGUUUUGCAGGGGGCUUGUUUCUACUUCUAACUACAUGGAAAUGUGAACCAGUAUAAUGUGAUUCAUUACUGUCUCAUACCGACCUCUGUGCUGUGAGAAGGAGAGGUGUACCAGUUCCAGAUGAAUUUAUUUGAAAAUUGUGUUAAGAGGCUGGCUAACUCGGAGCGAGAGCCAUGUUUGACUAAACGUAGCCACACAUUUGAAUCUUGAAGCAUGGAAGCGUCAACAGUACUCACAUAGGGUACAGCUGGCAAACUCUUAAGUAGCUGUCAUACACAGCUACGAUACUAAAUACAUCAUAUACAACCUAAAUUUCAGUUUUUCUGUCAUUGGGUUAUAUAGUACUUGUUUGCUUACAUCUUCUAUUUAAACUUAUAAAAUCCCUAGAAGGCAAGAAAAGAUUACUGCAUAUAGUUGUAUUUCAAGGAUAAAUGUCCUUACCUUCCCACUAAUUUCAAAGGAAAUUUGCAUACAAAUACAGGUGCUUGAAAGAGCAGUUGCAGAGGAAAAGUGUUUGAAUGUGGUUUGUUUGAGGUCCACAUGAUACCAUAUGGACUUUAACACAGUCCUUGAAGAAACUGAGUAUUUUUUAAUAUAUAUGCUUCCUAGCAUACCCUUACAUUUUACAUAUAAAUACAUAUACACGUGUU